UUUCAGAUUUUGGUAAAACAAUUUUGUGGGUAGGGUCUGCCAUAACAAUUUCCCCGCAUCCGUCAGAAAAUAUUUUUAGAAAGGAACAAAAUUGACGACUGUUUAGCCUUGGGUUAAAGAGGAGGGGCUAGGGCUGGGGGGCUUUUGUUAUGGCGCAACUUUCAGACUUUGGUUAGAGUCAAACGGCUCUAUGCUUGUAGUUGGGAUUUUCGUCUCAAGUUGGUGUGGUUGUGUAUUAACUAUACGAGCCGAAACGUGGUGCUAAGGCGAUUGUUUCUUUCCUCGUUUGUUUAAGAAUUAUUCAUGAUCUCUUUAUCAGUUCACUAUGACCAUCACUUAUACAGCACAAGUUGCAACUUGUACAGGACUUGGAUGUUUUUGGAAACUACUUUUCUGUUGGAAAGGCUCGAUUUAUAAGCUACUAUGGCCAAAUCUGGUUGUUUACGUUCUACUGUACUAUUCUUUGUACUUUGUUUACCUUUUUGCUUUGGACGAACCGGGACAGUUACAAUUUGAGAAGAUAGCCAAACAUUGCUUAGAGUAUUCUGAUCUCAUCCCGUUGUCUUUCGUCCUCGGCUUUUAUGUAAAUCUGGUUGUCAAACGAUGGUGGGAAAUGUUCCAGUUUAUCCCUGGAACUGACACGCUUGCAAUAUUUAUAUCCAAUUCGAUUCCAGGCCAGGACGAGCGGUGUCGAAUGAUGCGACGCACUAUCAUGCGGUACGUCAAUCUUUCCUACGUCAUGAUAUUGUCAAUGGUCUCAACGCGGGUCAAAAAACGAUUUCCAACGCUUGAUCACCUUGUUGAAGCUGGUGUGAUGUUGCCCAACGAAAAGAAAAUCUUUGAUGACCUAAACGCACGCUCGCGCUACAGUAAAUUUUGGAUGCCGCUGGUUUGGGCCGGAUCUAUUGUUGCAAGGGCACGCAAAGAAGGCCGGAUACGAGACGAUUUUGCAGUCAAGACCAUUAUCGAUGAGCUGUGUAUCUUCCGGUCCAAAUGUGGCGCGCUUAACGGUUACGAUUGGGUCCCCGUUCCUCUGGUUUACACACAGGUUGUAACAUUGGCAGUUUAUACUUUCUUUAUGGCUACGCUAAUGGGUCGCCAACUAGUUGGCGAGCAGAAGGACUUAUACGUCCCCGUAUUUGCAUUUCUCCAGUUCUUUUUCUACAUGGGAUGGCUGAAAGUGGCUGAAAGUCUUGUGAACCCUUUUGGCGAAGAUGACGAUGACUUUGAGACAAACUGGUUAAUUGAUCGAAAUCUUCAAGUAUCUUACUUGAUCGUCGAUGAAAUGCACAACGAGCAUCCGGAACUGCUACGCGAUCAGUACUGGGAUGAAAUGCCGCAAGAACUGCCACAUACGAUUGCAUCUCAGGCUUUCCGCACGUCUCCUCACAUGGGCUCAACAGCUCAAUUGGCGAUGACAGCCUAUGAGAAAGAUAUAUUCCCUUCGUCGUCACAGCUUCACAAACUGGAUGAAGAAAGUGAAGAUCAAAGUACAGAAAACGAAGAAAUCUCACCAGACGAUGGUGGAGAGGCAGGAUUACCGGUUAAGGAACGAAGCCCUAAGAAGAAAGUUCAGCGUCAAAUGUCUUUACAGUCAGAGGCACCAAAUUCAUUCAAUAGCACAUCUCGUCUCCGAAUGUCGCACAAAGCACCAUCUGUAAUGUCUGUCUUCCAGAAAGUUUUCAAGAGAGAUAAUACUAUGGGUAGCAAUGCAUCCAUCGCAUCUGGAUAUACUCGUAAACCGGGAUUUAACCGUAGUAAUAGCCGGUACAGCACAACUGGAGUCAGCCGCCCACAUUCUCCAAUAGUUUUUGGGCCACAGGAAGACAUAUUCAAGAUGUCUGAUCUGAGCAUUGAUUCCGAAUCCUCAACUCCAGUUAACACCCCUAUAGGAAACCCACCGGCCGUUAAGGAACUACCCCCAUUGAAUCUGAAGAAAGCAAAUGAAAGGCGCAGCAGAUUCGGCAAGAAUUUGAGUGUCGAACAACCUAGGGGAUCCUUGGUUAUCUCGGACACCGAGGACGAACCGCUAAUUGCAAGUAAUGCGCCAUCUCCCGCGGCGCCUCUUACAGCAUCAGCUCAAAAUUCGCCAAUGUCAAAACACAAGCAGUUGUUAUCGGCGAAUAAAUCAAGUCCAAAACUAUUGCCGAAAUUCUCUCAUAGCCCACAAGGAUCUCCGAGGAUUACUCGCGUUCCUCCGGUAGCCUUUUUUAUGGGAUCGGAUGCAUCGCAAACUGAUCGAGCUUCCACGUCGAAAACAGCAGCACUUCCCAAGAAAAUCCAUGUUGUACCUUUGGCCGAAGAAGAAGAGGACGGUCCCGCAGAGGAAAUUACGAGUGACAUUGCUGCAAUUAUUUCAAAUAGUUCAUCAAUGCGGCCGCCGCUAGUAGUCGCAGCAAGAACUCAUAAAGACAGCCUACGUGAGGUAUCAGAGCUGGAACCAAUCGAUGAGCAAGGCGAGCGCCAUGAGUCAACUUCGGUUGAAUCAGCUUCGAUUGAAGAAAAGCUGGAGGAUAAAUAAUGUAACUUAGCUUGUUAUAACUGCCAUUUUAUUUAGAUGAAGAAGCAUUCCGUGUUCAUACUUCACUAAGACUUCACGUUUGCCCUACUGCCCUUACUGUACAGAUUAUGACUCCCUGAAUUAGUUAUACUUCUCUGAUUUUUUUUUUUCGUCAUAAUGGAUACCUGCCCCGUCAUCCUAACACGAAAAUACUCUGUUUCACUUUACCCUACAAUCUGUUGAACAAACAAGAAUCUACGAAUUUUAAAUUAUAACAUCAUUUUAAAAGCAUAGAAUAGGUAAGAAAUCUUGCACCUAUUUUAAGCAGUUGCAAAGCGCAUAGUGUAAAAUUGUUGAUUUUAUUUAGCUAUUUUUUGCAGCGUUCCUAUUUACGUGUCUUCCUGCUUUAAUCUAGCCUUGUAUCAUGCUGGUAUGUUUCUACAACAACGUUAACACGAUCAUUUUGUCUGCAGUGUUGAAGCUUACAUAUGUAAAUUCAUGCGCUUUAAGAAAAGCAUACGAAAAAAAAACAACAAACAUGA